CAGAUCGCUUACGACAUGACGUCAGACGUUAGUGUAUCGGUUCCCUGGCAACAAGUUGAUGUUAUGGGCCCGAAGCGGCUGUUGCUCCAGCUCCUGCUAUUGCUGCAGCCGCGGUGGGGGGCUGGGACCCCUAGCCCGACCGCGGGGAUCGGCCCCGGCUCCGGCCCCGCCAGCCCGACCGCGGGGAUCGGCCCCGGCUCCGGCCCCGCCAGCCCGACCGCGGGGAUCGGCCCCGGCUCCGGCCCCGCCAGCCCGACCGCGGGGAUCGGCCCCGGCUCCGGCCCCGCCAGCCCGACCGCGGGGAUCGGCCCCGGCUCCGGCCCCGCCAGCCCGACCGCGGGGAUCGGCCCCGGCUCCGGCCCCGCCAGCCCGACCGCGGGGAUCGGCCCCGGCUCCGGCCCCGCCAGCCCGACCGCGGGGAUCGGCCCCGGCUCCGGCCCCGCCAGCCCGACCGCGGGGGACGGCCCCGGCUCCGCCAGCCCGACCGCGGGGGACGGCCCCGGCUCCGCCAGCCAGACCGCGGGGAUCGGUCCCGGCUCCGGCCCCGCCAGCCCGACCGCGGGGGACGGCCCCGGCCCGGCCACCGAACCUGGUGGCAUGACUCCGGGGGGAAGUUCAGGCCCCGGACCCCCCAGCCCAGAGGGAGGCAGCUCCGCGGAGCCGGAGCCCAGCGCGACUCCGGGAGUCCAGGGAGACCCAUCCGCUCCCGAAGCUUGUUUGCCCACCUGUAUCUGCAACCUGCAUUCUGGAUCCUGUGACAUAAACUGCUGCUGUGAUACUGACUGUUACCUUGGCUGUGAUCUGGGGGACUCAAGGGCUACCUUCUCCUUCUGUCUUCCAGGCAGUACCAGAAUUGUGAACCAAGUGUGCGUGGAGAAGUCUCUUAUUUUCAGAAAUAACACCCCUUAUCACACUGAAAUCGUCACUGACCCCAGCGGAUAUGAGUCUCUGUUCUGUGUGCAGCUGAGUGAUUCAAAGUUGAACUAUUUCCAGCAGCCGCAGAAAGUUAAAAAAUCAGAUUUCUCUGUGUACUUGGCACAGUAUGGCGGACCAUCAUUCAUUCCACCAUCACAAGACCAGCCAUCUUCCUCUGCCUUUUACCGGGCUGGUGAUCCAAUCCAGACCUAUUUUGCUGCAUCGUCUGUACUGAGCACACUAAGACAGCCAGUGGGAAUGGGUGCCAAUGGACUUUGUAUUGAUGGGAAUCAUGCUGGUUUUCUGGAGAGUAAAAGCACAAGCUGUACUCGGACCUUCACCAACCUGAGCAGCAGCUGCACCACUGAUCCUGCCCUGGACGCAGCCUCAUAUUACCGUGACUUCACUAUACUAAAGGUCCCAGUUAAUAUGACCGUUGUCCAGCUCAUGCAGGUGAGAAUCACUCCUGUCACACAGCCUGGAGCUCCCCAGAUGGAUGGCAACACCUGUCACAAUGUUGUUUCUGAGGUGAUCUAUGAAAUAGAGUUCAAUGGGACCCAUGGAAUCCAGAAUGUCUCUGUCCAGCUGAAAGUGACCAGUGUCUCUGGAAACUCUCUGCAGCAGCGGUUCACACUGCAGUUCUGGCAGAGCAGGACUCCUUCGUAUACCUUGCCAAGAAGCGGAAACCCUGGUUAUAUCAUUGGGGCACCACUCUUGUCUCUAAACAAUGGUGCCAGGCAGCAAGUGACUAUCUUACAGAGCCAGGGUGAUGGAAUAUGCUCUCAGACUCUCAGGUACAAGGUACAGUUUGGAAUGAAUGUGAGGACAAGCUGCCAGCUCAGGUUACAUACUACACUUCGUAGUUCUGCAAUUUCAUCUUUGAAUUCCUUCAGAACUCUUGGCAUAUCCCAAACAAUGGAGGAUGGAAACUGUAGCUACUUUCAGGAGAAGCUAUACCAGGCCCUCCAAGGGGUGAGCAGCCCACAGGCUCUGGCCAUAAUUGGCAGUGCUGAGCCAACCCAGAGAGAUCAGUGGACCAGCCUCAUUGUCCGGAACUGCAGCAUGCAGGCUGGGAAUUGUGCCUCCUGCUGUAUGGUUCCUGUGUCCUUGAAGAUCCAGGUAUUGUGGGCUGAGGUGGGCCUCCAGUCCAACCCACAAAGUCAAGUGCUGGGAGCACGUUAUUGGUAUCAGUGUCAGUCUCUGAAGUCCCUCAGCAUGACCAUGGUGCCUUUGACAACCGUCGUUGCCUUCACUGACAUGACAGAAUGGCCAGAGCCUCCACGUAGCCAGCCCAGCACGUACUGGAAACUCCCAUUUGACUUCUUUUUCCCCUUCAAGGUUGCACUGAAUGGGGGGAUAAGCUGUCAAGGAGACCUGGCUGGUGCUUUCCUGAUGUCUCUCACAUUCUGCAGCAUUCUCAGCUUCUGAAGAGAAUGAAGUCUGGUGCUCAGCUCCUCAUGGCAACAUUUAUGCCCAGAUAGUACCAGAGAGCUCACUCCAUCCUGCUGUAUCCUGGUGUCAUAUCUGGUGCCAGUUCCUCACCUGGGUGAGACAAUACGAGAGAUACAGUGACCUAAAUGAUUCCUCUUUGUUCUUGUGAACAGCAAAGAAAGUGUUUAUCUGACAGCUAGAAAAGGCAGGUGUUUCAGGGAAUCCUGUUAAUGUAAUGGUACAGUCAGAAUAUGAUGCAGACCAAAGACUCUUCCAUUCUGUUCAGGUUCUCACCCUGUGCCUAUCAUCAUGCUAUCCCUAUUCCUUCCUGUAGUGCAUUGUGACAUGAUUAACAUCUGUCACCUGUGAUUCUUCCAUGUCUGCAAUCCCUUUAUGCAGAUUUGUGAAGGUCAACCCAGCGUUGCUCAUGGGGGAUGGGAGGGCAGAAGGAGCAGUCUCUGUGUGGAACAAAGAGGAGAGAGGGAAUGAAAAGGAACUCUCUUUAUUCUGUCCCCUACAAGAAGGAAAAGUCCCUUCUGAGCUGAGCAGUAUGGAGAAAAGUGUGGCUUUCAUUUCUAGUUUCCCUCCCUAUUGGUGGGGAGUCUGGAGCUCACUUGUUCAGCUCCCUGUUACAGAAGGGCCUCAUCUUUCCAUGUGGAAUUGUAAAUAAUACAUUUUAAAUCUGAUAUAAUUUAUCCAGUGAUGGUUUCAAUAGAAACUAUCAGUGCCUCUGUGACUGUCUUUAGAAUGUAUGCCUUUGUUAGGGGAUCUGAAUUAUUAUUCAGUGAGUGGUACUAUAAUGACCUAUCUACUAGUCUCCUCUGGCCCAUUUUAAAUAAGCUGGCCUUGUGCAUCUGUGUCAAUCUUUAUCUCUUUUUUUUGUGUUAAUCUCUUCAAAUAAAAUUAUCAAUUGAACAUGCA